GGCCCAGGAUCUUUCAUCCUACAGGUCCUGUCCAUCCCAGUAAUGCCCACUCCCUAGGUGGGCCCAGCAUGGGUUAUAUAAAGGGCUUCCCUACCCAGAACCCUUCGUGGAGAAGGGAAGUCCCUCCCCUGCAUCUAGGCUAUUGACGGUUCAUCUAGCCAAUCAGCUCUUUCACCCGCUUGGUUUAUAAGGCCUUCCCCUCCAUCCCACCGCUCAGUUUCAAGGGGCAGAGAUGCCAGUGGGAGGAGGCGGCUGGUCCCAGCGGCUCCCCUUCACCAAAGAACUCUUCCAUCUCCAGCUGCAGGUCCCGCAGGUCUUGGAUCUCCUGGGCGCUGGAGUCCAGUUGCCGGAGAAGCGCCAGCUCCAGCAAUGCAGGGCCUUGGCCCGCCGUCCGUACGGCAGUGCCGCCUCCCCAGACCCUUCAAAGGGCGGCAUCCUUCAGUACCUCUGCAACCGGUUCUAUGACGUCGAAUACCUCGUCGGCUGGAGCGAGACGCUUCGCUACAGAAACCUGCGAAGGAAGAACGCGUACUGCGGUUACAUCAAGGGCAUCUACGGAGACAACGCUGCCGCCGCCUACUUCGUCCUGUCCCACAGAGGAAGAGUGAGGUUUCAAGGCCAGGAGACCUGGUUGUGUGUGGACCGGCGCGGGAAUUUCAGCUACGAUUUCGUAGAGCUCCAAGACGUGCCUGUGGUGGCCAUCGACCUCGCGGGCUCUGUGUUGAACUACAACGGGCUGGAUAACCUAGUGAAGCUGACGGCGCUGAAAUCCCUGGACCUGAGCCGCUGCCCCCACGUUGACGACUGGACCCUAACCCGGCUGCAGGUCUUCAAGGACAGCCUGGAGGAGCUCUCGCUGGCUGGGUGCCCCCAGGUCACGGAGCGGGGGCUGGCUUGUCUCCACCUACUCGAGAACCUACGGCGCCUCGACCUCUCGCACCUGCCCUCAGUGCCCACCCCAGGGCUGAUCCGGAUCUUGGUGGAGGAGAUGCUGCCCCGGUGCGAGGUGGUGGGGCUGGCCCCGGCUGCUGGUGCCCAGACGAGCAGGGACGGAAGGGAGGAGCCCGGCGUCCCCAGCGGGGACAGGAGAGCUGGGGAGAUCCCUGCCUGAUGCCUGGGUGCCCUGACACUGAUCGACGAGGGCGGGAAGAGAUGGCCGCAAGCCGCGCUCCCCUCAGCACUCUCCGAUCACGGACCGCGAAGGACCCCAGCGUCGCCGUAGACUUGUGGGUGUGGCUGGGCGGUCCGUGCCCCCCCCCGCUUUGGUCUCCCGUAGGACAGGGCUUGCAAUCGGCAGAACGGCGCUGUGGUCAUUAAAGGCCUCUCCCUGC